UGAGAGAUAAGGGGGCCGGCCUGAAAAGAGGAAAUGAGCGGGUGUUUUCCGGCGCCGGCGGCCAUCCCCGGUGCGGCAAUCACGCAGACUGCUUGGGGCAGAAUAAAAUAUCCUUGUUUUCAAACCUCAGUAUGCUCCUCAGCUUCAUCUUCCUCUAGCUUAGCCUAUAAGGAGGAGAGGAGACGACGAAGGCGGUGGCUUUGUUUAUCAGAAACAAGUAAAGGGAGAGGUGUCAGCAUUGCGUCACAGCAGCGAUGUGACUGUGAAAGUGCAAGUGGAAUUAGACAAGAUGAUGAAUGGGUGGUGGUUAAUUUCUACCAGUUGGUGUUGAUCGAAGACGCGGAGGAACAAGUGGCCAAGCAUCUUGGUUUCUUGAAGGGUCUUGACAUACGUGGCCGGAUAUAUGUGAAUGAGCAAGGGAUUAACGCCCAGUACAGUGGGCCGUCAAGAGACGCGGUUGCAUAUGUUGAAUGGGUGAGAGAGGAUGAGAGAUUUGCCAACAUUUUGGUGCAGAUAUCUCCAGCCCCAACUGGGCACGCAUUUCCCAAACUCAAGCUGCGUUAUAAGCCUUCACUGGUUCAGUUGGAAGGAGGUAUUAGUCAUCUUCCUUUGCUGGACCCUUCAAUGCGAGCAACACCUCUACCACCAUCUGAGUGGAGGAAAAGAUUGCAGGCAGGGAACACUGCUGAUUCAUCAACUCAAAAUCAUAGUGCAAACUACAUUCUGUUGGAUGUGAGAAACGGUUAUGAGUGGGAUAUUGGCCAUUUCAAUGGGGCUCGACGUCCAGAUGUGGAUUGCUUCAGGAGCACUUCUUUUGGGCUAAGCCAACCAGAGGUCACUGCUGCAGAUCCGUUGGCUAACAUUGAUAAACAAACAGAUAUAUUGAUGUAUUGCACUGGAGGUAUUCGUUGUGAUGUAUAUUCCACAAUCCUAAGACAACAAGGGUUUCAAAAUUUAUACACCUUAAAGGGGGGUGUCUCUCAUUAUUUAAAAAAUGAAGGUCCUGUCGAGUGGGUUGGGAAUUUGUUUGUGUUUGACUCUCGUCUUUCUCUCCCACCUGCUACCUACAAGCCUGAAGCCAUAAUCGAACCAACAAUAGCUGAAGUUUCAGAGAACAAUACAUUUGCCAGAUGCUAUAUAUGUGGUUCACAAGUCUGUGAGUUGCGGCAUCGAAAUUGUGCAAAUCUCGACUGCAAUCUACUUUACCUAUGCUGCAUGAACUGUGUCGAGAAUUUAAGAGGAUGUUGCUGUUCAGAGUGCACAACUGCUCCUCGACUUAGACCUGUUCUUCAGGGUCCCCAUAGAUAUGAAAAAUGGCACACCUAUCGGGACUUGAUAUCACAAAGCAAGUUGACAGCUUGAUCUAAUACAAAAAUUGUGAAAGACUCGUGUGUACUCCCUGUUUGAAACAAGGCUUGUUAUUCAUGAUGCAUCAAUCGUGUAUAAUGUAAUCAGCAAUAUUCUGCUUAUCAUACAUGAAACUCGUAUAUAUACAUCAAUCCUUUCAUU